AUGGCGCCCGGUAAGACGCUCCGCUGGGCUGAUGAAGCCGCCGGCUCCACCACCAUGACCACAACACUUCCCCCAUCCUCUCGCGCCUCUUUCCAAAACGGCUUCACAUCAUCACAUUCUCCAAGUCUCGUCGACCGGAUUGAGAUUGCGCAACCUGCGAGGGAAAGAGGGGGCUGGCGCUCGGGGUUGGCGUCGUUUGCAUCUGCCAAGGCGAGUUCUGUCGCGGAUCGGUUGAGUGGGUUGAGCGACAUGUAUACACGAGGUCGGUCCCAUCCUAAUACGCGCUGGGGUGAUAAUGAUAUGAUAUCCGGUACAGAGUCGAGACCGUACUCCCAAUCAUACGAAUCCUCCCGCCGCUCCUCACGACCGCCAUCAGACAACAUCCACUUCCACGUCCGCUCUUCCCACCACGACUCCUCCUCUUCAUCUUCAUCUUCAGAGUCAGACAACUCCAAUACCGCUGCUCAGUCCAUAGAAGACUGGGUCGAUCAACAAGCGGACCUCGGGCUAUCGUCAAAUGCCUGGCCCGCUAGUAUCGCGCCAACAGCCAACCACUACGUCUCUGGAUCUUCUCAAUCGAGCGCCCCAAGGAUGCGAUCGCGGAAUUCUUCGGUUUGGAGUCAGCCUCAAAUUCCGCCUACUGCUGGACAGCAGGAGGGGCCAAGGGGAAUCCUGAAACGUAGUGUGACGCCGAGUAAUGGUCCCUGGUCUUCUGCCUUUUCUUCCUCCAGACCAUCAUACGGUCAAUCAUCGAAAAGCUCCAACACGGCGUCGGACGAUAUCGUCUCGAUCGUGACGUCUGUCUUGUCCGAGGCCCUUAGCUCUCGAGCCGACUACAACAAAAAAACGGCUUCAACCUAUGUCUCAUCGUGGGCCCCAGGCGCAUCCCGCCCUUCAUCAUCCCACUUCUCCUCUUCCCCAUCAUCCCUCCGCCUCAAAGUGAGCAUAUACAACAAUUCCGGUCCUGCCUCUUCCUUUUCGGAAAGCGCCGCCCCAUCUUUCAACAUGGCACGUGACCUCGGGCCCGACGUCUUGGAACGCCGCCGCAUACACGCAAAGAGGCAAGCUUUCGAAAGUGACGUGCGGAGCUUAGCAGUGAGCUAUGGGUAUGUGGAGCCAGAAGGUAAAAAACUAGAGGGUACUGGGCCGGGCGCGGGAAGAAGACUGGGCACUUGGAAUGAUUAG